CUCAACCACCAAUUCCUUUGCUACUUCCUUGUAUGAACAGUAUAUCAGAUACCUUUUUAGUGUAUUAAUAUUUUCCUCUUGUUUUGUUUUUAGAGUAGAGCAUGGUGAACAAAAAGCUUGCUGCAAAUCAAGCAUCAAACAGAGCUUUCAACUUCUGCCAAUGAUUUCCACUUUCAAUGGAUUCAAAUGUGUCAACCUGAGCUUAGAUGGUGCAGCAGUAAUAAGAUCUGAUGGUGUCCUGAUGCUGACUGAUCUUAAUAAGCAACACAAAGGACAUGGCUUCUACCCAAUUCCUAUUAGUUUUGGUAAUACUAUCUCUUCUUUCUCCACCACUUUUGUCUUUGUUAUUGUCCCUGAGUAUCUUGGAAAGGGUUGCUGUGGAUUUGCUUUCACUAUUUCUGCUUCAAAAGACUUCUCUGAAUCAAUGGCUACUAAUUACAUGGGUCUUUUCAACUAUAGCAAUAAUGGAAACUCAUAUAAUCAUAUUCUUGCCAUUGAGUUUGACACUGUCAUGAACCCUGAAGACAAAGAUAUAGAUAGCAACCAUGUUGGCAUUGAUGUCAAUGGUUUGGUUUCCAAUAAAUCCAUCACUGCAUCUUAUACAUCUGAUGAUAAUGGUGAACUAAGGAACCUUAGCCUUGUUAGUGGAAAUCCAAUGCAAGUUUGGAUUGAUUAUGAUCAUUUUGAUAUGAAGCUCAAUGUGACAUUAGCUCCCUUUUCAGCUUUCCUAGACCCAGUUUACCUUUUCUGUCUACAAACAUUAAAUCAGAGGUUUCAGAUAAUCAAGGGAGUGGCCUCUGGCCUUCAUUAUUUGCAUGAAGAUUGUGAGCAAGUUGUGAUUCAUAGAGACGUUAAAGCUGGCAAUGUGUUACUAGACAAAGAUAUGAAUGGAAGACUCAGUGACUUUGGACUUGCUAGACUAUAUAGUCAUGGAGGUGCUCCUCAGACAACCAAUGUGGUAGGAACUCUGGGUUAUAUUGCACCGGAGCUUGCUAGAACUUGCAAGUCGACGACAAGCAGCUAUGUGUUCGCCUUUGGAGCUUUCUUACUUGAAGUUGCUUGUGGAAGGAGACCAUUAGAGCUGAAGAAAGAAGCAGAUGAUCAGCAGAUGUUAGUGGAAUUUGUGUUUGCUAAUUGGAAGAGAGGAGCAAUUCUAGAUACAAGGGAUCCAAAAUUGGGAGAAGAUUAUGUGCCCAAUGAGUUGGAGUUAGUAUUGAAACUUGGAUUGUUUUGCUCACAUAACUCGCCUAAAGCCCGGCCUAGUAUGAGACAAGUAACACAGAUUCUUAAUGCUGGUGUUCCUCUUCCUGAUUUACUGAUUCCUGAUUUUAGUUCUGAGUAUUCAACAUUCACUGAGAAUGAUUGCGCUGUCUCGUUCCCCUCCAUGUCGAGUGAACCAUGUCUUUUUAUCGGCAGACCGGAACUAAAGAUAUUCAUACUCCAUCAAAUUAGCUCUGUUUCAGAGCAGCCAAUUAUGGCAUCUUUGUUGCUAAAAAAUUUAGUGCUCUUAGCUCUUCUUGUGCAUCUCAGAGCCUUUGCAGCAGAUUCUGAGUUCAAAUUCGAUGGAUUUCGCGGCGCAAAUCUCAGUCUUGAUGGUAUUACAAACUUGUCUGAAGAAGGCCUUUUGCUUCUCACCAAUAGGACACAGCAAUCAAAGGGUCAGGCUUUCUACCCAUCUGCUUUCCGGUUCAAGACAUCUGAAUCUGCUGCUGCUCACUCAUUCUCCACCACUUUCGUAUUCGCUAUCGUCUCCGAGUACUCUACCAUCAGUAGUUUUGGCUUCACCUUCUGCUUGUCGCCGACGAAAGCACUUCAUGGUGGCAUAGCCAACUUCUUAGGCCUCUUCAACUCUACAAACAUCAAUCUUGCAUCAAAUCACAUUGUUGCUGUGGAGUUUGAUACAGUUCAAACACCUGAAUACAAAGAUAUCGACGACAACCAUGUUGGCAUUGAUAUCUAUGGCCUGAUUUCGAAUAAUUCUCAUACUGCAGGCUACUAUGCUGGUGAUUCUAGCAGAGAUUUUCACAACCUGAGCUUAUUCAGUGGUCAGCCAAUGCAAGCAUGGGUAGAAUAUGAUGGCAAAAAACUGCAACUCAAUGUGACAAUAGCUCCCUUAGGACAGCAAAAGCCCGGCCGCCCUCUCUUAUCAUCAGAGAUCGAUCUUUCCGGCAUGAUAUCCGAAGAUGUGUUCGUCGGCUUCACUGCAUCUGAGGGUAAUAUACAUACAACCCAUUACAUACUUGGUUGGAGCUUUAAAAUGGAUGGAAAUGCAACUCCUCUUGAUCUAACAAGCUUGCCUAAACUCCCACUCAUUGCCGAAAACAAUAAGAAAUCCUGGACUUGGAUAAUUUGGCUCUGUCUGUCUCUAGUCCUUGCUCUAACAAUUACAGGAUUGAUCAUCAGUUACAUAGUGGCAAGGAGAAUGAAAUUUGCAGAGCUACGUGAGGAAUGGGAGCAAGAGUAUGGUCCUCAUCGUUUCUCAUACAAAGAGCUCUUCCAAGCAACAGAGGGCUUCAAAGACAAACACUUUCUUGGCUUUGGAGGCUUUGGCAGUGUCUACAAAGGAGUAUUGCCAAGUUCUAAAGCAGAAAUUGCAGUAAAAAAGAUAUCUCAUCAAUCAAGACAGGGAAUGAAGGAGUUUGUAGCAGAGAUAGUAAGCCUUGGCAGACUACGGCACCGGAACUUAGUCCGUCUCUUAGGCUAUUGCCGGCGAGAAGGAGAACUCUUCCUAGUCUAUGAUUUCAUGCAUAAUGGUAGUCUAGAUAAGCAUCUAUUUAGUCAGAGAACACCAUGUCUGGACUGGAACCAGAGGUUCAGAAUCAUCAAAGGAGUAGCUUCAGGCCUGCUCUACCUGCAUGAAGAGUGGGUGAAGGUGGUGAUUCACAGAGACAUCAAAGCUAGCAAUGUGUUGCUAGACAGUGAAUUCAAUGCAAGGCUUGGGGACUUUGGUCUUGCUAGAUUGUAUGAUCAUGGGACUGACUUUCAAACAACUCAUGUUAUGGGAACAAUGGGAUAUCUAGCUCCAGAGCUUGUAAGGAGAGGCAAAGCCACAACAUGCAGUGAUGUGUAUGCAUUUGGAGUGUUCUUACUUGAAGUUGCAUGUGGAAAAAGGCCUAUAGAAUUGGAAGAUUAUGGAGAGGAGAUUGUUUUGGUGGAAUGGGUGUUGGAGUGUUGGAAAAAUGGGGACAUAGGUGGAGCAAGAGAUAGAAGACUUGGUGAAGAGUAUGUGGUGGAAGAGAUGGAGUUGGUGUUAAAGUUGGGAUUGCUCUGUUGUCACCCUGUGGAUAGAGCAAGGCCAAGUAUGAGACAAGUCAUGCAUUUCUUGAAUGGAGAUUUUUGUCUGCCUCAAUUGACACCUUCUUCUUUGAAUGAUGAUGUGUUGAAUUCAAUUGCAGAUGAAGGUUUUGAUAAGUAUGUUGUGUCUUCUUCUUCUUCUGCUUCUCUGGCCACUGCUUCUCUUCUCUCUGGUGGUCGCUAGUUCUACUUCUAUGCAUGUGUGUGUGUGUGUGUGUCAGUGUGUGUGUGUUUUUUUGGGGGAAGAAGGGAAUAACAAAUGUAAGAGGUUUAGUAUUAGUUUAGUUUUACUUGGUUUUGUAUUUUUUUG